GGCGGCAAUCAUCUGUCGCGGCUCCUAAAAGUUAAACCAACGAAGAAGAACAAAAGUACAAAAUACCAAAAUGGAGAAGGUGUUUCUCGCUAGAUUUGCCUUACAUGUAACUUCGCAUGAAUGUCAAUGCAAGGCUUUUGCUCAAUUUUCGUAAAGUCUCGAUACAACAUCAAGAAAACGAUUGAACCGAAUUACUCUUCCAUCUGUAUUUUACUGUUAGCGAGCUAAGCUUUCUUGACUAGAUCCUCUUGCUUCAGCUAACAGUCAACCGUCAACAAACCAAGAGCUUCAGAAUAACAACUUUCUGUUACACACAGUUUGUGUUCCCGAAGCGGAUAACCAAGUUACGACAAUAGUGGUCAUGGAGCAGGUAGAGAUGGACAUGGGUUUGUCCGACAUCAGAGGGUCUCUUGAGGUGGUGAAAAUGAAGAGGGAGAGAAAAUCAUCCGGAGGAAAAUAUGCUGAUGAUAAAACUCUCAGCAAGAAGAGACAAUGGGAGGACGACUCUGACUCUCUUGGUGUUGUAAAAAAAGCAUUAGUGGUCUUGACCAGACUCCCUGACUAUAAGAUCAGCGCUUUGCGACCACCAACGCCCCUGCAGUUCUACAGUGAAGACGAGUCCCUCAGUACGUCUGAAUCCGAUUCGAAUUUGGAACCAGGAAACAAGUCAAGUGGCUCUGAUUUGUCAAAGUUAAAGAAUAAAAGGAAUACUGAGAUAUGCAGCAAGUGUUCGACGAGAAGGACAGCUGUACAAAACAACAAUAAAAUCGAACCAGCGCCCAUUAUCAUAUCAACAGCUUUCGCCCUUUGCGCUGAUGAGACGAGAAAUGUCCGACCUGACUUGCCAGAACAAGAGGUUGCAGUAGACAUGAUGGUUCUGGCCAGGAAGAAACACAUGAGGUGGCAACGGGGCAAAAUAUUGGAGAUACUAACAAGAGAAGACGGACGCUUGAAGUACAAAGUGAGUUUUGAAGAAAAGGGGAAAAGCCUUGUGUCUGGUCACCACAUUGCCUAUGACAACACACCAAAGCUGGAGCAGCUGUAUGUUGGCGCUCGUGUUGUGGUCAGCUGUUCUGAAAACAAGUUCCACUUCCAGACCGGUAUUUUGGCAGAGCUCCCCAGCAGGAAGAACCGCUUAAGGUUCCUGGUGUUUACUGAUGAUCACGUGCCACUCUAUGUUGGUUUACCUUCUCUUCACCUGGUGUGCAGACCACUGGAAAACUCUUUAGAAGACCUUCCCGACAGCCCACACAAAUCCUUUAUGACUCGGUACCUGAGGGAUUGGCCGUACCCACAUUUAACCCAGUAUAAGGCUGGACAGAACAUUAACGUUGAAUUUAACGGGGUCCAGCAGAGGUGUGAGGUGAAGUUGGUGGACUCUAGCUUAAUACAGGUCGUUUUUCAGGAUGACCAACAGAAAGAGUGGAUCCAUCGGGGCUCCACACGACUUGAACACAUGAUAAGAAUCUUAAAAUUAAGAGAAUUGGAGGAAGAAAAGAACGAUUCGGACUAAAAAUCCUCCAGAAAAACAAUGCUCGAAACAUUCAUCGAUAUCAUCCUCAUCAGCUUUCACAAUACCCUCAAAGGACCCUUUCACCCUCAGUUCUUGGCCUAACUCCAGUAGACUGCACGUGGAACUAUUUUCAACCCUUUCAAAUGCACAUUUUUGAAGAUUUUGUAAGAAAUUAAAAAAUAAACACCACAAGUAUUGUUGUGUUUCAUCAAA